ACCUGCAAGAGGCCCAAGAACCCUUAAUCUUGGAUGAAGAUCCCCAAACCCAGAUCCAUGAAAUUGAGAAUCAACCCGAUCAGGGCUGGGCUCCAGAAGAAGCUCAGUCUGAAGAUCAAGAAAACCCUGAAGCCCCAAAGGUACAAGAAUCAUUCGCCGAGUUGCACGUUGUCUUACCAAUAACAGACCCCCACAUGGCUGUUUCUGAGGGAUCUGUGACGACUCCAUCCCACAACCCUCAAAAUCGUAGGGGAGUCAACAAGAGGAAGAAGGGUAAGUCCAAUGUUAAGAAACAACAAGCGAUUGAAAAAAAGUUGCAAGCUUUGAUGGAAAAAUUGAAUCCCAUCCCCUCUAUACCACCUAAUAUGCUUGAUUUCUCUAAGCAUGAGAAACUUUUGAAGAAACUUGGUUUGUGGGAUUUUUUUCAUCUAGAAUUUGAUAGGGAUGUAAGGGUAGACUUGAUUGCACAGUUGGUUGCUACUUAUGAUCCAAAACUGAGGUGUAGCUAUGUUAAUGAGUUCCGUAUUGCGGUCAAUAGGGCUGACAUGGCACGUGCAUUUAAGUUGCCGUUGAAGAAGGAAAAGGGGAAUGUGAGUGGAGUAGAAAGUGUGGACCUGGAUUCCGAGCUUGUAUCUGAAGAUUCGAAAGUGUUUAUUGAAGAUUUUGUGUCCAAAUGUGUGCUUUUGCAUGAGGACCUAUGGGUAACACCAGUUGAGGUGGUGAAUUGGUUGACGAUGAUAAGGAAGGGGCACCCUGAGAAGGUGGAUUGGGCCACAUUUUUCUGGUUAAUGAUGGAGAAGGAGUUGACUAAAGGAGAGCGCUUGGGGGAUUGCUACUAUGCAUCACAUUUUCAGUACUUAAUUAAGUCGCAGCGCGAAGAGGUGUUAUUGUUGAGGGAGGAAGAGACGGCAAUGGAAAAGGUGGAGUUGAAUGUGGAGGUAAAGGAGGAGGAUGGAGUAAAUGAGGAGGAUGUGAAGACAAAGGAGGAGGAUGGGGUUAAUGAAGAGGACAUGAAGGCUAAUGAGGAGGAUGGGGUUAAUGAGGAGGAUGUGAAGGCAAAGGAGGAGGAGGAGGAGGAUGGCGUUAAUGGGGAGAAUGUGAGAGCAAUGGAGGAGAAGAAUGGGGUUAAUGAGGAGGAUGUGACGGCAACGGAGGAGGAUGGGGUUAAUGAGGAGAAUGUGAAAGCCAAGGAGGAGGAGGAGGAUGGGGUUAAUAAGAUGGAUGUGAAGGCAAAGGAGGAGGAGGAGGAUGGGGUUAAUGAGGAGAAUGUGAAAGCAAAGGAGGAGGAGGAUGGGGUUAAUGAGGAGAAUGUGAAAGCAAAGGAGGAGGAGGAUGUGAAGGUUGGUGUUGAAGGUGAAGGUCCGGAAGUAGAGGGUAAUGUGAUGGAUGGGCUGAACUUUGAGCUAACACUUGGACAAGAUGUUGUGGAGGAGGAAGAAGAGGUGAAGAAUGCGGAGAUGAUAGAUGUGGACAAUUGCAAGGAAGAUGCUGAGUUGGAGGAGCAAGAGGAGCAAGGACGGUGGGAUUUGGAUGGGAAGAACAACAUGGGAAGGCAUUUCAUGGGGCGCUGUAGUAUGGAAGAAGAUAGGGGGUUUGGCAGCCUUGAGGAUAGGAAAGAGGACGAGGGAGAUAUGGAAGAGGACGAGGAGGAGGGAGAGGGAGAGGGAGAGGGAGAGGAAGGAGAGGAGGAAGCUGAGGACGGGCUUAAUAUUUUAUCAAAUGUCAAUGCUCUUGAAGGGGAUGGCCUCACAGGUAAUUUACUUCAAACAAUGGAGGCAAACCUAAUGGGUUUUGGUUCACAAGGGCAGCUUCGUGACCAUGCUAUGGUGGAUCUUCGGGUUGAUAUGCGGCAUAUGGAUUCUGCUGCACCAUUUUUUAACAAUAAUAACAUAGGAAAAAGGGUGAUGGAACAUGACAACGAUAUCCCACAUAACGAUAGCAACAAGAGGUUAAAGAUCAAUGACCCAUGGGAUCAGAAGCCAGGAGAUUUUGGAACAUGCAUGGCGCAAAUGCAACAUUUAAUGGAUAGAGCUAGGGUGAUGUAUGAGGAGAAGGAACAGGCGCAGGAGCAUUUAAGUCUAAACCAGCAGCUCUUGCUUAAUGAGUUGCAGAAACGGGAUAACAUGAUAGAACACUUGCAUAAGACUAAAUUGGAUGAGAUACAGAAAAGAGACGGGGAACUUUAUCGUUAUGAACGAGAGCUAUAUUUAAUGGGGGGUAUAUUGGAUGGUUAUAGGAAGGCCUUAAAGGAAACCCAAAGGGCUUUUGCAGAAUACAGGCAAAGGGCUCAGCUUCCUGAAGAACCAUUGUACAAGGAUACUGGACCUGGUGGUCUUAUGUUGAGCACUGGUGAAAUAGAGAAGCUACGUGAGAAACAAGAAGAAGAAUAUCGGAUAAAUUGCUCAAUUUUAGAACAGAAGGCAAAGGAAGCAGAAGAGGGCUAUACUGGUCAAUUUGAAGCAUUUCUUGAGAAGAUUAAUAUGUUAGACAAGAAAUUGACAGGUCUCGAGACAGAUGCUACAGAGCUUAUCGAUUGUUAUAGAAAAAAGGAAAAUCUGAAAACUGGAGAAAAAGUUUCUGAACUUUUGGGACCUCUACCAAAUGAAUGAUGUGUUACUCUGGAAGCAUUUCCUCUGCCAGUAUACAGGUUGUUAAUGGCUCCAUCUUUUUCAACUUGGGAUGAAUUUGUGGCGGAGACUUUGUAAGUUAAGGAAAACUGAAGAAUUUAUCAAGUAUUCUAGUAUUGCUUUAUGGUGGUAGGAACUUGGGUACUUCUUUCAAAGGUGCAUGACUUCUCAAGUGACUUAAAUGAGUUCUUGUGUAACUUAUUUAGCAGAGCUCAAAACAGUGGCCACAAGAACGUAGUAAAAUUUAGAUCUUCUGAAAGGAGGGUUUGACCAGGAACGUUUUUUGGAGUAUAUGUUUGCUGUUAGUGUCUGAUAUGAUGGCUGGCAAUUUACAUUCAAUCUUCUUGAAUUUGAAUUUUAUGAGCUUCUAAGUACCUUUUCAGUCUAUACAUGCAGAGAUUGAUUUUGUACUGUUCACAGAGUAUAUUUUUGCUGUUAGUGACUGCCCUGGAACUAUUGGUUUACUGUAAAAAUGCAUGGCAAAGUCUUGAAUUUGAAUUUUA